AGGUGGCCCGGGGUGGAGUCAAAGCAGCUCCAGCCUCCCUGUUCAUGACCUCAGCAUUUCGGUUUCUCUCCUCUCCAACUCAACUCGCCCAUCUAAGAAGCUUCUUCCUACGGAACGUGGAAUGAAAACAGGCGACAUUUAGGAAUAUUUUUCCACACUUUCCAUCUCUGUUGUAGCGGCAGAAGUCAGAAACAAACGGCAGUAUGGGUGUUUUUAACGAGAAAAAGGAAGCAUGUGGGACCAUCUGCCUGAAAUAUCUCCUGUUUACUUUCAACUUUCUCUUCUGGUUGGCAGGGGGCGUUGUGAUGGCGGUGGGUGUUUGGACCUUGGUGGAGAAGAGCGACUACAUCAGCCUUCUUUCUUCCAAGACCUAUGCUACCUCCGCCUACAUAUUGGUCCUGGCUGGAGCCAUCGUCAUGGUAACAGGCGUGUUGGGCUGCUGUGCCACUUUCAAGGAGCAGAGAAGGCUACUGCGAGUGUACUUUGUCCUGUUGCUGUGUAUCUUCCUGUUGGAGAUCCUGGCUGGAGUCCUAGCUUAUAUCUACUAUCAACAGUUGAAUGAGGAGCUGAAGCAGAACCUGAGAGAGACUCUGAUCCAAAAGUAUGGACAAACCCAACAGGAGCACAUUACCAUAGCUGUAGACAAACUGCAACAGGAGUUUAAAUGCUGUGGGAGCAACAGUUCAUCCGAUUGGGUUGAGAGCAAAUGGAUUCACUUUGCAUCUGCAGAAGGCAGGAAGGUACCUGACAGCUGCUGUAAGAGUCUCACUCCACGCUGUGGCUUAAGAGACCACCCCUCCAACAUCUACAAGGUGGAGGGUGGCUGCAUCACUAAACUAGAAAAAUUCAUCCUGGACCAUCUGAAGAUUAUUGGAGCUGUGGGUGUUGGGAUUGCUUGCGUACAGAUCAUUGGAAUGGUGUUUACAUGCUGCCUAUAUCGAAGUCUAAAGGCAGAGCCUUACUAAAAACAAGCAAAGAGAAAAAGUGUGUGGGUGAAGGAGGUAAUAUCUACAUUAUCAUGUGCCAUGCUCAGAUAGCCCAUAGAUUCUUUUCUUCCCCUACACAUUGCAUAAAACAGAUUUAGCAAGUUAUAUAACUGCACAUCUGAAUUUUAGUAAACAAAUAUAGAAAAUAGUACAAGAAGUCAUUAGGCUCAGAUUGCAGUCUCAGCUACAUCUUCAACAUCACAGCGCAGCAAGUGGAAGCCUCUGAGUGGAACUGAUGGGAGUUUUAAUACAGACUGUGUAAAUUAGUGUGGGACAGCCUCCUUGAGACUAACUCAUUGUAGUUUUCUGUCACUGAUUCCCCACAGUGUACUCUCAAUUUACAAUAUACGUGGACCAGUUGAUGGACUUGAAAGUGUUGUAAAGAUCAGCAGAGUAAAGCUGGCACUUUGUAGGAGCUGUUAAUCCUGAUCACUGAAGCUUCUCUUUAUCAGCAGCACGGCCUUUAAAAAGCUCAACUCUGGAGCUUCAUCUGAACUCUUCAUCUCCAGCAGAAUCUUUUGUGUCCACAUUAACUAGUUAUUCAUGCAUUAUGAGUUUUUAUUUGAUUGUGGACUGUUUAACUUUUUACAUUUUGUAAGUGAUCACUUUCUGGAACACCUGAGGUGCUUUCUUAAGGGCUAAGGGCUUUUAUUUUUGCCUUUAUGUGUCUUCAGUGACACCAUGUUUUUAACCAACGCUGCCAAUGUUCCUGAGUGUAGCCACACACCUUUCUGCAUCUGGCAACAACAGUGUGACAUUUGAAUGCUGUUUAACUGCCCUGAUGUGUAAAGUGAGAUGUUAAUGAAGGGAUUUUAUGAUUGUGUUAAUGAUGAAUACAAACAGUGCCACUAAAAUUGCUCAUAAGAAAGUGCCUCAUGUUUUUUGAUUUUACUGCGUGUUUUUUAAAAGUUUUUAAACGUAUGCCAAAGUUGUAAACUGUAAGAUCAGACCUACUGUAUCUCCUCCAGCCUUGUUCACAUAUCUACUGUACUGAUGUGUUUAAUUGUUUUCUUAAGUUAAGAUUUUUAAGUUUUCUAGACCUUGACCAUAAUAAUGUAUUAAACACACACCUACUGUAGUAGGAAAUUAUAAUUCAACACUGUUACUAAUCUUUUCCUGUGUGCCUAAAGGACAGCAGUAUGUUAUUGUGCUGUACUUCUGAAAUAAACAUCAAUCC